ACUCAGGCACCCAGCACGGAUGGGUCUCCAUCUCCACCUCGAGUGACGAGGGAGGGCAGGAAGAAGAGACGAUGGACCAGCAAGCAUUUCGGCAGCUGCUCUCCACGCCUCGUUCCAACGAUGGCGGUGGCAGCAGCCAUGCAGAAGACCGGGCGAGGAUGUUUGGGGCGGCGAAGAAGCGGCGCCCAGCUCCACCGUCAUCGUCAUCAUCCUCGGUGCCAUCGGCGACGACGGACAUGCGGCCGCGCAAGCUUGACCGGCCCCACGACGGGCAGCACAGGGACAAGGGCAAGCAAAAGAGCGCCGCCGCCGCAGCCUACGUGGAUCGGGCACAGGCGAGGAGGGAAGGCCAGGACGAGGUCAACGAGUUUCGCGAGGUCGAGGCACUGCGCGAGGACUUUGAGAGGCGCAUGGCAGAGGCCAAGACGGACGAAGAGAGGGAAAAGCUCAGAGAGCAGAUGGCGUUUCUCGGUGGAGACGCAAAGCACAGUGUCCUUGUCAAGGGCCUCGACUUUGCCUUGCUUGAGCAGCAGAGGGCAAAGGCAUCUGGCUUGCCAGAGGGCGAGAACGCCGACGACGAGCUUGAGGCAGCGUACGGCAGGCCGAAGAUGGACGGCGAGGGCGAGGGCGAGGGCGAGGGCGAGACCGAGAAACAGGAGAGCAAAGGAGCUGUUGAAGACAGCAGCACCAUCGGUCACAAAUUCAAGCCAAUUGGAGUAAAAAGCGUCCAAGAUAAGGACGAGGCGCCAGAGUACAUCUGGAGAGACGGAAAGCGGAUGCGGAAAAAGAAGAAGAAGGACAAAGAGGCCGCUGAAGUGGUCCCUCCUGUGACUCUAGAGCAAGCAAAGGAGACGAAGCAAGACUCCAGGAUGGAGAUCGCCCCUGCGCCAAAGAAGAAGACAAGGGUGGUCAAGAUAAAAGAAAGCAAAUCUACACUGCAAAAGACAGAAGAUGACGAGAGCGCCUCGAAGGAUGUGGUGAUGGAGAAAGACUCCAAGGAAGAGUUGGGAAAGGGAUCCACAUCGUCCGAGGAGGCAGCGUAUGCUCGGGCUGAAUCAGCGGCGCAUACGGCUGAACAAGAGAACGGCAAGGAGGAUGAGGUGCCGAAGGUAGGAGGUGUGGAGGGGGAAGACGACGACGACGAAGACAUCUUUGCCGAUGCAGGCCGGUGGCAAGGUCUCGACAACGACAGCGACGAGGAAGAUGAGGGACGAGCUUCUGGCACUGUCACGGCGGUACCAACUGCAGCCGCCGGCAAGCGAGAUUGGUUCGCCAAAGAUCUGCAAAAGGAGCAAGACCAGGAAGAAGAUGCACCCGUCCUGCCAGGAGGGCUCAACAACAUAGUCGCAAACGCAAAGGCUGCCACGGAGGCCAAGAAUGGGGAAGAAAAGGAAGUAAACGGGGAAGAAAGGAGAGAAGGAGGCGAGGGACGUCUGCAGGGAUUCAGCGACUCGAAGCUCGAUUCCCACACAGCCAGGCUCCUCCUGGACAGGGAGCAAGGGAGAGGUGACGACGGUGUAAAGAAAAAGAAGGGAAGCAAGAAGAGGAAGAAGAAGGGCGGAGAUGGGGACAGUGAAGACGACGACGACUACGAAGACUAGCUAGGCCUUCCUCUGCACUGUGUAUAUUGUGUAAAAUAAGUGAAAUAGACAACCAAAAGCAGCGCGGU